CUUUGUGGAGUACUCCAAUUUAAUUUUUAUCGUUUAUCAAAGCAUGCUCCUGUCGCUGAUAAGAAGAGACCGGGGAGUCCUCUGUCGGUUCUCGAGGUUGAGGACCCGAAGCAAUGUGUUCUCGCGCAUUUCAUGACACCACUGGAACCUCUGGACCCGCUAAUGGAAUCUCCAGUGUCUCGUCCUUUAGUUCUACAACGCGACACCGCCGCGGAACUAGUCGCCGAGAUAGCACCCUCUGCUUCGCAAAGUAUUUUACUUACGAAUAUGGAGAAGAACGCGGAUUUCCCAUUUAUCACGUAUUAUCUUAUAAACAAGCACAGCACAGACCCCAUAGAUUUUUACAAUGAAGUGCAAUGUGCGGCUCUACGUAAAUUCGACCCUCGAGAUCUCAGAUACGCUGCCAGUCACACGUUAGAUCUGUUCAACGAGGUAGCGACCAUUGCGAGACCGCCGCUCGAACCACCCGGUGGAAGACCGCCUAUUCCAUCCACCGGCUACAUAGUAUCAAUUUUUAAAGUUUUCGAGGGCGAUGACGGUCUCAAAUUCGAACAAAACUGGCUCUAUUGGACAGGUAGGUGUUGUAAUUAAGAUAAAAAAUAAUUUAAGACUAACCAGUAUAAUGCG